CAGGAUGAGGAGGCGGAGGUCGGCGCUCCGGUCCGUCUCUGCCCGGGGCUGUGGCGGCGCCGGCGGCUCCAGCCUUAGCGGUUCCUCCCUGGGCGGCGGCGGCCGCGGCUCGGUCGACGCCUCCUCCGCCAGCUGAGCCCGUGGCAGCCCGGGACUCCGCUUCCCCGCCCAUCCCCGUUCCCUGAGGCCGCCUCCUGGCCAUGGCGCAGCCGGGCCCGGCUCCCCAGCCUGACGUUUCUCUUCAGCAACGGGUAGCAGAAUUGGAAAAAAUUAAUGCAGAAUUUUUACGUGCACAGCAGCAGCUUGAGCAAGAAUUUAAUCAAAAGAGAGCAAAAUUUAAGGAGCUAUAUUUGGCUAAAGAGGAGGAUCUGAAGAGGCAAAAUGCAGUAUUGCAAGCUGCACAGGAUGAUCUGGGUCACCUUCGGACACAGCUGUGGGAGGCUCAGGCAGAGAUGGAGAAUAUCAAGGCAAUUGCCACAGUCUCUGAGAAUACUAAACAAGAAGCUAUAGAUGAAGUUAAAAGGCAGUGGAGAGAAGAGGUUGCUUCACUUCAGGCUGUAAUGAAAGAGACAGUUCGUGACUAUGAGCAUCAGUUUCAUCUGAGGCUGGAGCAGGAGCGAGCACAGUGGGCACAGUAUCGAGAAACUGCAGAGCGGGAAAUAGCUGAUUUGAGAAGAAGGUUGUCUGAAGGUCAAGAGGAAGAAAAUUUAGAAAAUGAAAUGAAAAAGGCCCAAGAAGAUGCUGAGAAGCUUCGCUCUGUCGUGAUGCCCAUGGAGAAGGAAAUUGCAGCUCUGAAAGAUAAACUGACAGAAGCUGAAGAGAAGAUUAAAGAGCUGGAGGCCUCAAAGGUUAAGGAACUGAACCAUUAUCUGGAGGCUGAGAAGUCUUGUAGGACCGAUCUGGAGAUGUAUGUAGCUGUUUUGAACACUCAGAAAUCUGUUCUACAGGAGGAUGCUGAGAAAUUGAGGAAAGAAUUGCAUGAAGUUUGCCAUCUCUUGGAGCAAGAACGACAACAGCACAACCAGUUAAAACAUACAUGGCAGAAGGCCAACGACCAGUUUCUGGAAUCUCAGCGUUUACUGAUGAGAGACAUGCAGCGAAUGGAGAUUGUGCUAACUUCUGAACAGCUCCGACAAGUUGAAGAAAUGAAGAAGAAAGAUCAGGAGGAGGAUGAACAACAGAGGCUUAAUAAAAGAAAAGAUAACAAAAAAACAGAUUCUGAAGAAGAAGUAAAAGUACCAGUAGUGUGUGCUUUAGCUCAAGAAGAAUCUUCAACAGCGUUAUCACAAGAAGAGGAGCAUUUAGAUAGCACCCAUGGGUCAGUCCAUUCCUUAGAUGCAGACUUGCUGUUACCAUCUGGAGAUCCAUUCAGUAAAUCGGACAACGACAUGUUCAAAGAUGGACUCCGGAGAGCUCAGUCUACAGACAGCCUGGGAACUUCAAGUUCACUGCAAUCAAAAGCAUUAGGCUAUAACUACAAAGCAAAGUCUGCUGGAAACUUGGAUGAGUCGGAUUUUGGACCACUGGUUGGAGCAGAUUCUGUGUCUGAGAACUUUGAUACUGUGUCCCUUGGGUCACUGCAGAUGCCAAGUGGAUUUAUGUUAACCAAAGAUCAAGAAAGAGCAAUUAAGGCAAUGACGCCUGAACAGGAGGAGACAGCAUCUCUCCUCUCCAGCGUCACCCAAGGUAUGGAGAGUGCAUAUGUAUCUCCCAGUGGUUACCGCUUAGUGAGUGAGACCGAAUGGAAUCUCCUGCAGAAAGAGGUACAUAAUGCUGGAAAUAAGCUUGGUAGACGUUGUGAUAUGUGUUCCAAUUAUGAAAAACAGUUACAAGGAAUUCAGAUUCAGGAAGCUGAAACAAGAGACCAGGUGAAAAAGCUUCAAGUCAUGCUAAGGCAAGCCAAUGACCAGCUAGAGAAGACGAUGAAAGAGAAACAGGAGCUAGAGGACUUUAUCAAACAGAGCACUGAGGACUCAAGCCACCAGAUAUCUGCACUUGUUGUAAGAGCUCAAGCCUCCGAGGGCUUACUUGAAGAGUUACAACAGAGCUUUUCUCAAGCAAAGAGGGAUGUUCAGGAACAGAUGGCUGUGCUGAUGCAGUCACGUGAACAGGUUUCAGAAGAGCUGGUGAGGUUACAGAAAGACAACGACAGCCUCCAGGGAAAGCAUAGCUUGCAUGUGUCAUUACAGCUAGCAGAAGACUUCAUUCUCCCAGAUACUGUGGAGGUGCUCCGGGAACUGGUGUUAAAAUACCGCGAGAACAUCAUUCAUGUGCGGACGGCAGCAGACCACAUGGAGGAGAAGCUAAAGGCUGAAAUACUAUUCCUAAAAGAGCAGAUCCAAGCAGAACAGUGUUUAAAAGAAAACCUCGAAGAGACUCUACAGCUGGAAAUAGAGAACUGCAAGGAGGAAAUAGCUUCCAUUUCUAGUCUAAAAGCUGAAUUAGAAAGAAUAAAGGUUGAAAAGGGACAGUUGGAAUCUAUAUUAAGAGAGAAGUCACAACAACUUGAGAGUCUCCAAGAAAUAAAGGGUAAUUUAGAGGAACAGUUGAAGAAGGAAACUGCUGCUAAGGCUACUGUUGAACAGCUCAUGUUUGAAGAGAAGAACAAAGCUCAGAGGUUACAGACAGAAUUAGAUGUCAGUGAACAAGUCCAGAGAGAUUUUGUAAAACUUUCUCAGACUCUUCAGGUGCAGUUAGAGAGGAUCCGGCAAGCAGACUCCUUGGAGAGAAUCCGGGCAAUUCUGAAUGAUACCAAAUUGACAGACAUUAACCAGCUCCCUGAGACAUGACACCCUGGUAGCAGGAUUGUAACCUGCAUUUUGGGUUUUUAACUCAUCUUUAGAAUAACAUUAAUUAUUAUUUAACUCUUAAUGGAAGACGUCACAGCAAAGGGAAGACUGGAGAAAUGCAGGUCUGGAGGGAGAAGGCUGCUGUGCGCAGGGACAGCCAGCAGAUGUUUCAGAGGGAACACUAACGGGACACCGGACUCGAUUCCAACGGGUGUGGGAUCAGAUUGGUGCCAGAAAAGUGCUGUUUCCUUGCCUGCUUUCUCCAGCGUGGAUUCCGGAACACAUUUCCUGACAUGAAAGCAACUUCCCCAUAAUGUUUGGAAUUACAUUUUCGGUUCAUACAAACUGGGAGAGAGGUGUUUUUGUUUUUCUGUUUUCUAGGGCUCAUCAGUAGCAGUGUUCAGCUAGCAGAGAGGUAUAGUGUGCUGUAUGAGUAUUUUAUAUUAAAAUAUGAAGUGUGAGAGCAGGCCAUUGGCUAUUGACUGUAUUUCCCUUGCUCGGUAUAUAUUUUUCUUUCUAUCAUUUCAUCUGCAUUGGAGGACCUUAAAUGUUACUGAAACUUGCCUGAGAAUUAUAGGACCAUGGCAAACAAAGAAUUCAACAAAAUUAGGAGAAUCUGAAUACUUGGCUGAGGCGAUAUAUAUAUUGGAAGUUGAAUUUAAAGGAAAAAAGCACAAGAAACCUUGGAUGCACUUUCUCUGCACACUGGGAUAAACUUCCUUGGCCCACAGGUACCAUGGCAAAGGAGAACUGGCACCAUCUACCCUUUCCAAGUGUUUUAGUUACUGGAUCAGUGGAAAAAAUAUUAAUAAAACAAGCUAUGUCUGACAUCUA